GGAUGUGGGCUCGAGCUCGACGGUGACGCGCAUCACCCCAGUGCACGCGGAGGGAAGCGAUUUUCCAGGAACUUUGGAGCGGAGGGUCCGCGGGGAAACAUGGCCGAAGGAGGGCCAGGCAAAGGCAAAGGUGGCGGCGGAGACCCCGCCAAGACCCCCGGUCAAGAAGAGCGGACCCAGUCAGGCUCCGGCUACUGCAAGUGGUUCAACGUUCGCAUGGGCUUUGGAUUUAUCUCAAUGACCCACAGCGAGGGAAACCCGGUGGAGCCUCCACUGGACGUGUUCGUCCACCAAAGUAAGUUGGUGAUGGAGGGCUUCCGGAGCCUGCGUGAAGGGGAGCAGGUGGAGUUUACCUUUAAGAGGUCCAGCAAAGGGCUGGAGUCGCUCAGGGUAACCGGGCCUGGCGGGGGCCCCUGCUCCGGCAGCGACCGACGGCCCAAAGGGAAGGCCCCGCCCCUCAAACGCAAACCAAAGGGAGACCGGUGUUAUAACUGUGGAGGCCUGGACCACCAUGCUAAAGAGUGUGGCCUGCCACCUCAGCCAAAGAAAUGCCACUACUGUCAGAGUGUAAUGCACAUGGUGGCCCAGUGUCCCCACAAGGGGGCGCUGUCACCCUCCACUUCUCAGGACCCCCACCUCUCCUCCGCGGCCUCCACGCAGUCGCAGGAGGAGAGCAGCCGCUCGGGCUCGUCCCCCCGCGAGGGCCCGUCGUCCUCUCCGGAGGAAGCGUAUCAGCGUGGCGCUCACGGCCAGCGAUGGAGGAAAACUCGAGAUUGA